AUGAAAUUUACCUUGAAUAUAUUUACACUAAAUUGUUGGGGUAUUCCAGUGGUGUCAAAAAAUCGUAAAGAGAGAUUUGAAGCGAUUGCUAAAUAUCUACAGGAGAGCUCACACUCUAUAGUAUGUCUGCAAGAAGUUUGGAGUGAACAGGAUUAUCUAUUUAUAAAAGAAAAUGUAAAAAGUGUUCUACCAUAUUCACAUUACUUUUAUAGUGGUGUCCUUGGGUCUGGUCUGUGCGUAUUCUCCAAGUGGUUAAUACAGGAUGUAUUUUUUCAUGCCUGGCCAUUGAAUGGUUAUAUUCACAAAGUCCAUCACGGGGACUGGUUUGGAGGUAAAGGUGUGGGAUUGUGCAGAAUAAAAUGUGGUAACAGACUAGUUAAUGUAUAUUGUACACAUCUUCAUGCUGAAUAUCACACCGAUGACAUUUAUUUGGCGCACAGAGUAUUGCAAGCGUAUUCGACAGCAGAAUUUGUUAAUUUAACAGCAAAGCCAGCUGACGUGUGCAUAUUAGCAGGUGAUCUAAACGCAGCUCCAGGAGAUUUAUCUUUCAAGAUACUUUCCCAGUUGCCUUCAUUAGAAGAUCCAUUCGAUAGUUUUGUCGUACCAAAGGAUUUAAGAAAAGUCGCUAGGCCAUCAGGAACAUCCGACAAUGUUAAUAACAGCUACUCGGAUGUUAAACAAGUAAAAUCUUGUCCUGACGGGAAACGAAUAGAUCACAUUUUGUAUAAACUUGAUCCUUCAUGGGAGGCUGAGAUAACUAGUUUCGGUAACCCAUUGCCCGACAGAGUACCAGAAAAAGAGUUUUCAUAUUCCGACCAUAAUGCAGUUACGUUGGAGCUAGUGUUGACACAAACCGAUAUAAAAACAAUUCAAAAGCAAUAUAGCAAAGAUAAUUCGUUUGAUGAAACAAUAAAACAAACCAUAAAAGUAUGUCAAGAAGCAAGGGAUGACCUAACCAGGUCUAAAAAACUUUACCUCAUACUUGGCGGACUAAUCUUUAUGUUUUUAAUCGGCACUGUUGGACUCUGGACGAAUAAUAUAUUGCACGAUAUCUUGAAACUGUUUGUAAGCGGUCUCUGCUUUUAUUAUCUUAUAAUGGGAACAAUCUGGAACAGAAUGGAGUUGAAUAGUUUGAAGGCCGGCUUGAGUGCUCUAGAGAAUUUCGCCACAACUAGAAUGGAGUCAAAGAAUAUAGAUUCAUAA